AUGGCCGAUGUGAAGACGCUCGUACAUCUUCGUGGCCAAGCGAAAGCCAAGGUGACCAGGAUACGGAAAGCCAUUGAAGAGACUUCGGAAGCUGGCGUUGUUCAAUUUACCCUCGCCCAGCUAAAGGUGUAUGCCAAGAAUCUGGAGGCCCACUUCCAAGAGUACCUCAGUUUCCAUCACCAAAUCAUUGCAUUGCUGCCGCCGGAAAAGCUAGAUCAGAACGAUGAUACGUACAUUCAGUUUGAGACUCAUCACAUCGAAACCGCUACGAUGGUGGAAGCCCUGAUCCAGUCCGUUAUACCGCAACCCACUCCUCCCGCAGUAGUGCCCAUGCCUGCGCCAGGUUUCCAGCAACAGCAAAUUGUUGUACAGCAGCAACCGCUUCCGGUUCCUAUCCCUUCGUUUGAUGGGAAGCCGGAGAAUUGGCCAAGGUUCCAGCAGGUGUUUUCGGAUAUCAUGGCCAGAUCCAGGGACUCCAAUGCAGUCAAGCUACACCAUCUUGAGAGGGCACUUGCGGGUGGAUCUGCCGCCAAGAUCAUCGACCCAAAAACGCUCAGUGAAGGCAAUUUCAUCCAUGCUUGGGAGCUGCUGCUUGACGUUUACGAGGACGAACGAAAGGCAGUAGAUUCGCAUAUCCAUGGCUUGCUGAGCUUGAAACGUAUGAGCAAGGAGUGCUCCAAGCAGAUGAGGGAGCUCAUAAACGAAUUAACCCGCCACGUUGAAGGUUUAAGGCUGUUGGAGCAGAAUUUGGAAGGCGUUUCCGAGCGUUUUGUUGUCGUCGUCCUAUCCGAUGCAUUCGAUCCCGAGACGCGGAAGCAGUGGGAGGCCACCAUUCCCCAUAAGCAGAUUCCGAAUUACGAAGACACCGUGACGUUUUUGAAGGAGCGAUGUUCGUUGUUGGAGCGUUGUGAAGCCAGUCACCCAAGGUCGUCGUCAGCCAAGGAAUGCAGUCAGAAGUCUAUCCCGAAGCCCCCUACGAUGAAAUCGUUCGCUAUGGCUACACCCGUAGCUAAUAGUGAUGCGAAAUGUGAGAUCUGCAGUGCGAGCCAUCCCAACUUUAAGUGUGAUAAGUUUAUAUCUCUGACGGUACCCCUACGCAGAGUCAAGCAAUUCACCGUGCCCAAACGCAGCAACUUCUCCCCAACGGACGGAAUUUCCCGGCAAUCGCCAACCGGCCGGAAGCGGACGGAUCCGUCACGUAAUCGGUCCGAGGAGACUCAGGGGAUCUCCACGUGGACACGGUCCACCCGCCGGUUCGUCAACCUACCGGCACGGCAGAGUAACCGCCAUCGCAUCGGCGUGUGA